UCUUCUCUGUCUUGGAGAGGUGGGUGGGUUGAGUGUGAUUUUCCAGAAAGAAGGAAAGAAAGACAGAAAAAAGAAAGAGAGAAAGAAAGAAAGAAAAGGAAAGAGAAAAAGUGACUUCAGAGGAAAUUGCUGAAAAGUGCUGCACACCUUUUGAGGAUUUUUCUGAAGACAUUCAAACAAUUUUAAGGAGGAACUGCCUUAAGAACAUAUUGGACAUGGGAACAAAUGGCAGAGACCACUGACGUCUGAUGAGACAGUGUGUGGUCACUUGAAGGGAUCUAAGUGAGGACAAGUCAACAGUCUUGAAGAAAAAAAAAUCUUACUUCCCUUCAGAUUGCUUCCUGCUUGGACAUUAACAGCUACAAGUAUGAGGUGACUUUUCCAGAGGAAUUUCAGCAUCUGUCAGAAAAACUGCUGAAGAUAACUUCUCUCCGGGGUAGACUGAAAUUUACUUGAAUAUUGAUGAAAAGCUUUUAGGGCAGCAGAAUAUUCCCUGGAUCAUUAAGUCUGAAGGGUUUCAAAGUUGACUUUGGGAUUUUUUUCAUUGUGGAAUAAAUUCCAUGGACAUAUAUACAUUUUUCUUCAACAUUUCAGCAUAGAUUGACGCUUCUUUUAGACAACUUGUUGAUGCUGUCAUUUAUUUUCUAGUGGAUGUGACAUAGGUGGUGACUUGUGAGCCAAUUCUUGACAUGUGCUGCUGAAUAUUUUAGCCAAUUCUCUGAGGAGACAAUCAAUCACCACUGAUUAAUUUUGUCUUCUGCUGAAUCACUAAUAAUCUUAAUCCAGAGGGACAGGGACUGGUAGGACAAUCUCUAGUUCUUCUGCAGCAACCUCCAAUUGUCACCAACUAAUUUUAGUCUUUAUUCAUAGAAUAGAGAGAGAAAAAGAGAAGAUGGCACAGAAAGAAGGAGGAACAGAACAGGGGCGUGUUAAAACAGGGGACACUCUGGGAGCCAAAGCCAUGGCCGGGGCCCCUACAGCCGGCGGAGGAGUGGUGGUGGAGGUCAGAGAGAAGAAGGGACCUCUGCGGGCUGCGAUACCCACAAUGCCUUUCCCUCUGGCUGUCAUUUGUCUGUUUCUGAACACCUUCAUACCUGGACUUGGUACCUUUAUCUCAGCAUUCACAGUGCUGUGUGGAGCUCGCAGUGAGCUGAUAUCAGAGCGAGGUGUGUGCUGUGUGUUCUGGCUCAAUGUGGCGGCAGCCCUGAUCCAGAUACUGACAGCUGUUAUCAUGGUUGGAUGGAUCAUGAGCAUCUUCUGGGGAAUGGACAUGGUCAUCCUGGCAAUUUCUGAUGGCUGCAGAGACCAGGGUAUUCCCCAAGAUGUCUGAGAGACGUCGCUCUCAUAUCACCUGAUGGAUCCCACGGACAGUUUGACCACUUUAGCUUCCCUGAAGCCAGAUGGCGACCUUUACCUUUGUGAUGACCUGCAGCUGACAACAGAGUGAGCCAGAGACAUGAUGAUCUUUGUGAAAAUAUCUGAUUGCUGGCUGCUGGUUGGUCAACACCAGGUCACAUUUAGAUUUACAGUUGAAAGAAACGGGAAGAAGAGGCAUAAACUGUACAGUCACAAGAGAUACAACAAAUAAGAAAAAUAGUGUUUGUAUUUUGUUAAGUAAUUCAAACAGUGUUUUUUUAAUUCUGUCCUUUGAUAUUUUUUUUUUAUUUGAUCAAUUACGAAAACCACAAAUCUGUAAAAACUGUGGGUCAGCUACACAUUUCCUACAUGGCAUGAUAGAAUAAAUGAAGGACAAAGGACAAUUUAUUAGGGUGAGGAUGUGAGAUAAUUAAGACAUUGAUUUGCUUUGUUUUGUAUUUCUGUAUUUUAGGCUUGUGAAUUUUGCCAAAAUCCAGUUGAAAAACUACUUCAGCAAAUCCAUGACAGUGUUGUUGUAGCAGGUGUAAUUAGCUCAAUGAUGCAUUACAUGUUGUUGGGCUCAAAAUGAUGUUUCUACGACCAGAAUUGGCUGCCUGGUGCAGCUGCCACUCCACUUAAAGCAGCUUAUUUCAAUAUUAGAUGUCAAUGGAGUUUUACUGUCACAGUUCACUGUUUCAAAGACUGACUUUAGCAUUAGCCUCUAGUGUGUUUUAGUGGCCUUUCCAUUGUGACAUUGACACCAUUUUGCUGCUGUGAAAAGGUAAAAUAUAUGUAACUUUGAGGGAGCUGAGGUUCUCAAACACGUUAUAUUUUCUCUAAAUGGUUAGGAAAACUGUGUUAACUUGUAAAACAGCCAGCUCUGUACUGUAACAAAAAUAAUGUUCACUAAAUCAGACAAUCGCUGCACACAGAAUGAGCAAUUACUUUAGCAAUGACUGUGGAACAAACAUGUCUUCCUGUGGAGCAUGUAAUAAAACUAUAAAUGGCUCUGAUGCUUCAGUAUAGACAGUUUGAAUGACAACUAGAUAAGGAUGAGGGUAUUUGCAACCCUUCCAUUAGUUUUACUGUAGGUACAAUACAGUGUAUUAAUAGCUAACACAUCUGCAUCGCACUGCCAGCCACAAAAUGUACAGCAUCCUGAAAUUUCAGGGCUUUGUUAAAAAUUACUCAUCCUUACCAAUAAUUAUUUGAUUAGAAAUAACUUAAAUGUGCAAAUCAGUGUUAAAAUGAUUGAAAUGACACAUUAUUAAAGCGUUGUAUCUAAUUAACAUGUUUCAAAAUAUCAGCUCUCAUCACUGGCCACUCUGGGGAACUGUAGUCACCGCUCUGUCUGGCACAUCACGACGAAGAUACAGUUACAGUAAUGUCACGGAGGUUUGUGACUGAGGUGCUUUGUUUCAUGACUUAUUUGGCGCAUUUACAAUACUGAUAGGAGUCGCUGUAAUUCAACAACUCCCGUAAGCAAUUCCAGUAAAGAUAUUAUAAUAAUAAAAUCUCAAGGUUGUUGAAGUCACAAUUGUGUAAAGUGCAAAGCCAAAAUGUGUAUUAUAUAUUAAUGUGUGGUUGGUUGUUUGUGUGUAUGACUGUGUGCAAUAUAGUGAUUGGGGAAUACUGUAUAUGGUGUGGACUAGGUAUCACUAUGUGGGAGGUUCUGCAUCUCAUAAAUAAAGAUGGUCAAUUCUAUCAUGGUCUAACCUCAGAAAGCUGUAACAUUUAACACAACCACCUUGGAAGUGUUAAUCCAAACAAAGCUUUUUCCCAUGAUACCACUUUAACUUUCUCAAGCAUUGUUUUAUUGGCUCAUUUCCCUGAAAAUGUCCAAGAGUAUAAAAAGUCAAACAGCCUUGAAGUUAAAGAUUUAAACCAGCGAGCAUGAGCCAUAACACUAAUGGAACACAGUGAAUCUAAAUCAUGACGAGUGUGUUCGCAGGAAAUGAGCGCUUGACUCAGUUUGUGCUGGAAAAACCGAAUCGUGUCCAACUGGGCCAUUUAACAAACGGCUACUUACAGUACACCUUAAAACAAAAGGAAACAGCAGAUUAUUACCUCUUUUGUUAUAUUGGACAGCUUGUGCAAAUGUAAUGCAGCAUUUCAGGAUAAAAGUUUAAAUACAUUUAUGGUGAAAUCCCAUAAAUAAUUAUUGUUUGUGCCUCUACAGAAAUCAUAAUUCGCGCUGUGAUGUUUCCCUCUUCUUCAUUUCAUUUUCUACUGGGGAUGUAUGUCUUUGAUUCUUAAUUAUCUCUGUAGGAUUUAAUGCAUUAUCUAACACUAAUGUGUAUAUGUUAUACAGUUUUUGUGUGUGAGAAAGAUGAUGAUGAUAAUGAUGUCUGUAUUUCUGAUGCUAUUAUAUGCCUUACUAUUGACCAACAUUCUCCCAUAAGUGUUUUUGCAGCAGUGGUGCUGGAGUUUCUUUACUUUGUUUGGGUUUGGGUGCAGUUUAUAGAUCAGAAAUAAUUGUUAUUUGAACACUUCAUUAUAAUCGACCUUUCAUCCCUUAACACUCAUUCUGUUUCAGGGGGAAAUAUUGACUAUUUGUAAUGUUGAUGUUGUGUUUGCUUUUUGAUUGUACAUGAACAUAAACAUACUGCCAUGUACAGUUUUCUGCAUGUGUAUUUUUGGUGUCAAAUGACUGUAUAGAUUAACAGACACAUGCACACACAGACUAACUUAACUAUUUCAAGAUUGUAGCUUAAUUCUGUGACUUUGCAAUGUUGUUUUUAUUGUAAGUCCUUUGAGGUGACUGAUACAAAAUCUUGCAAUUAAAAAAGGGUUGGUUGAAAUGACUUGUGAUUGAAUAGUGUAUGUUAUUAACCAGCAGAUAUAGCGCUUUGCUCAAGGACUCCUCAGAAGUCACUGUUGCAAAAGGGGAGGGUAUUUCCUGUUUCCUGCGUUCCAGCUGGCUGAGGGACUCAUCGUCUGAGACAGACAGGCAGACUUGAGAAGGUUGUUUGUUUACCCUGACGAACUGAGAAAUUCUGCGACAUCACUGUUUCUCAUGGCAAAAUACUAUAAAAUCAUAGAGUAGUGCUUAA